UAGUUUUUGUUUUGGUCCUGAAAGCAUUUUCAAGAAAUUGGUAAAGCAUGGCUUUAGCAGAUAAAAGACUUGAAAACUUGCAAAUCUACAAAGUUCUUCAGUGUGUUCGAAGCAAAGACAAGAAACAGAUUGAGAAAUUGACCAAGCUUGGAUACCCUGAGCUAAUCAAUUUCACAGAACCUGUGAAUGGCCAUAGUGCCCUGCACUUAGCCUCGGUUUCCAAUGACAUUGAUAUGGUCAACUUUCUCCUCGACCUUGGUGCUCACCCUGAUGUGCAAGACAACAUGGGCCGUACUCCAACCAUGAAAGCUGCAGAGCUGGGCCAUGAGUUGUCAGUGGAAAGAUUAGCCAAGGCAAAGGCUGAUAUGACCUUAGUUGAUCAUGAAGGAAAAGGUAUUUUAUUUUACUGCAUUUUACCUACCAAGCGGCACUACCGUUGUGCUCUGAUUGCCCUGGAACACGGUGCCGAUGUCAACAAUGUUACCUUUGAAGGAAAGCCGAUUUUUCUCAGAGCUUGUGAAGAAGCGCAUGAUGUUAAAGAUGUGUGCCUGACACUUUUGGAAAAAGGAGCCAAUCCAAAUGCUAUCAACACAUCCACAGGUCGUACUGCUUUAAUGGAAGCCUCGCGAGAAGGAGUCCUGGAACUAGUUCGAGGGAUACUGGAGAGAGGAGGUGAUGUUAAUGCAUUUGACAACCAACGACAUCAUGCUGCUCAUUUUGCUGCCAAAGGAGGCUAUUUUGAUAUAUUGAAGCUUCUUUUUGCCUACAACGGAGAAGUGGGGCUGAUAGCAAUGAAUGGGAACACACCGCUUCAUUAUGCUGCCAUGGGUGGUUUUGCAGAUUGCUGUAAAUAUAUAGCUCAGCGAGGAUGUGACUUGAAAUGGAAGAACUUAGAUCAUAAAACCCCAAGGACUGUGGCUAAGGAAGGUGGCUUCAAAGCAGCAAGCAAAGAAAUACGCAAAGCUGAGCAAAUCGCUAAUAAACUUGCCAGGCCAGGAGCCAAAAAUCCUAAUCCACUCUGGGCUAUUAGACUACAUGACUGGUCCGUAGAACGUGAGACAUUCCUUCGGGAAUCCUUUUCGUUUGUGGACAGAGGCAAUGGGACAGUCAGUAAAGAGGACUUUAUUAUGGCCCUUGAGGAGAGGCAAGAUUUUGUAGACACAGAGCAGCUGAAUAUCAUAGCACAACUUCAUGAAAAAUCCCGGGGAGAAGGAGUUAACAUUAACGAUUUCUUCAAAGGAACAAAAUAUUUAAACAAGGCUUAUGUCUUGGGAUCCUAUGGGCCUAAGAAAAAGAAAAAAGGGAUAGGUAAAAAAGGAAAGAAAGGCAAAUUUGUUUUGCCUCUCCCAAUCUGCAUUAUCCCUGAGAAUGCAUUUCCACUGCGGAAAGAUGAUGGACUUCCAUGUUACAUGAUUGAAACCUACAAAAAUAUAACUGAUUGCAGUCGCUUCAACCGAGAUCAUCCACCAGAGCAUCCCAUUCAGGAUGACUCUGCUUGGUACAUAGAUGCCCCAAUGAAAAUAUAUGCAAAUAUUAAUUUUGUCACCAAGGCCGGGGACUUGGCUUCUCUGAAAAAAGCCUUUGAAUCUGGAAUACCUGUGGAUAUGAAGGAUAAUUUUUACAAAACACCACUAAUGACUGCCUGUAGAAGUGGAAACAUUGAGGCAGUCAAGUUUCUUCUGGAAAAAGGGGCUAAUGUCAAUGCAACAGACAAUUUUCUGUGGACUCCCCUUCAUUUUGCAUGCCAUGCAGGCCAACAAGAUAUUGUUGAACUGCUUGUUAACUCUGGAGCUUCAGUAGACGCAGCUUCAAUCAACAACUCAACUCCUUUAAGUAGAGCUAUUGAGAGCUGUAGACUGGAUACUGUGAAGUACCUGCUUGAUGUUGGUGCUAAAUUCCAGAUGGAAAAUAGAAGAGGACAUAAUGCCAUGGAUGUUGCAAGGGCAUAUGCUGACUAUAGAGUAAUUGAUCUGAUUAAAGAAAAGCUAGAUAACUUACCAAAACCUGCAGAAAAUCAAAAUGCAAAAGGCAAGCCCCCACCUGUUAAACUGAAGACUGAAGGCCCUGAAAUUAAAGAGGAGGAGCCACUUUCUACAAUUUACACAGUCCCGGCAAUAUUGGAGGAAAAGAAAGUGUAUAAGGAUAAUGUGGUUUACCUCAAUUCUUUGAUUACCAGUGGUUAUACCAAGAGAGUGGACAUCACAUUUGUUCCACGGAGAAUUUGGAGUCCUGAAGCCACUACAGAAGAGCUGAUCAGAAAGAGAGAAAUGAUGCGGGAGCGGUUCACCUAUGAGGUGGACUUUGAUGAUUUCAUGAUGCCAUUUCAGAAGAAUAUCAUACAGAGAGCUCGGGCAGUGGAAGCUGCCUUCAAGUAG